AGCCGCUCCAAUGUCCGAAUGCUGUCGUUUUGUGGCGCGUGCAGCAGUAGAACUGGUAGAACUUUGCGGUAAUCGCAGUACGUGGGAAUCACCCUCGCUUUCUGCAGCGUAAUCAUCAUCUUAAUUUUUAGCACACGUAAUCGGUCAGGCGAAGCGAGCGCGCGCUCUUACACGACGGCUGCGUUUAGAACGUUCUUUUUCUCUCCGAGCGUUUUCUCACGCCCGCUGCCCCAAAGAACGCGCGAACAUUGGAGGGUCUACCUUUCUCCUGCCGUUUAUCACCUUUACGGUUGAUAUAUUGACCUAAGCGAAAUGGGGACGGAAUCAAUGGAAGACGUCGGGACGAUACUGCGUUCCAUCCUGACUAGCGAGAAGUCGGGCAUACUGUUGCGCUACCUUGACAAUGAAUACAGGACUCUUACGGGAACACGCAUCCCUUAUAGGCAACUCGGAUAUAGCACCUUGGAAGAAUACCUUCACAGCAUCCCUGAUGUUGUCAGGUUAAGCAGGAAUGCAGAAGGAAACACUGUGGUGACAGUGGUUGUCACCGAAUCCACGGCACACGUUGCUGAGAUGGUCAGAGGUCAGAAGUCAGCCAAGCCAAGACCUGUGGCAAAAAAGACAUAUCGGCGGCCUACAGGUCCACAUAAUGCCGGGUACCGGCCUAAUUACCUGCUUUCUAAGCUCACACGGUCACGACCACUGCCUGCACCGUCAGGAGACAAGCGGAGACCAGGUUACGAGCUGUACCAUCCUCCACAACACAGAACAACCUUUGGUACAACAGCGAAGUCUCCACAAAAGUCUUACGGCUGGUCUAGGUUGGCUGACGGAGCCAGCAAUGCGAACGGCAUGCUCAACUACGCUGAUCACUGGCCCUGUGCGCCUCCGUUCAUUUUUGUGCCGCUCUACGUAUUGCAUUCAACGCUCCAUCCAGCGUACUUUUUUCCCGCCACACGAAGUUCCUUCUCGAGUUACCAGCCACAGUCAACAUACCAGACUCCUCCAAGGUUCCAAAAGCCUGCCCUACUGUCUACCAGUGGUAGACGCAGUCCAAACAAGAGCGGCGAUACUUGGAGCAAGAGGAGUGAGCCCGUUGCUGCUACUACUCCUGUAACGACGCGGCAGCCAUCAACCAUUAGCACUUUCAAGCAGCCCGAAGACAAGCCCAGUAGCUGGCAGGAGCUGGACAGCAGCUGGUCUAAGAGCACCUUCAAGCAUUCAACCAGGAGUGCUGCCGAAUUCUGGGAAUUCGGUGCUGGAGACAGCGGCAAGCAGUCGUCAACCACAUCACAGACAACUGCCGGUGAGGCUAGCGGUGCAGGAGGAGACGCUGCUGCUGCUCCUAACAUCAAGACAGCGUCACCAGCUGUCUGUGCAGAACCGGCUCGGCCAGUGGCAACAGCGACGGCCACCAAAAGCCUUGGCUGGUCUGACAGACUAGGGUCCAGUACAACAACAUCGAUGACAUCUGCAGAACUCCAAAAGCCCAUCAGCACGAUCAGUACAGUCUCUGAAAGGCCAAGCACGCUCGCCGAGCGGAAGCCCACUGUCAAACCAGACCAGCCCCGGUUCGACCCGUUCAGGCAGUCAAUUUCCCUGGACGAGAUCCCAAUGCCGUCACCUGAGCACGCGGCGGCGGCAGCAGUUGCAGCAGCAGCAGCGAUGCCAAGUUUGCUGCCAAGUCCCACAUUGCCUUCGCCUGCUCCAAAAGAGCUCGGCAUUUCACUGGGGUCUCGGGAACCCACCGCCACCAUGGUGUCCCCACUUUCACCCUUACCAUCUGCUAACUCAUCUUCCGCACCAUCAGUUAAGCAGCCACUAGUGCCCGCACCAUCGGGGCCCUUGAGCAAGCCUCGACCGCCUGAAGAGGAAGAGUACGAGAAACCAGUAAGAGGCGAACAUUUCACUGUGGACGACAUGGACAUCCCACAGACGCCGAACUGCCUGCUCGUACACUCGUAUGCGCGCCGUGAGGGAAUCCUGUAUUCCUAUAGCACCAUGCAGGACAGGAGCAAGCGCAGGAAGGGCCCCCCAUUCUGGCUGGCCACACUGCGGCUUGGGGAACGCAAGUUUCCAUCGUAUCCCGCAGAAAAACCAACUCAGGAGGAGGCCAAGGAGGCUGCUGCAGCACGAGCCGUCUCGGAGCUCGGGCUCCACCAGUCAGCUGCAGUGGUUACUCAUCCUGUGACUCCUGCCUCAACACCCGAAGAAAUAGCAGUCUUGGUGCGCCGUUUAACAAGUCUCGUGCUAAGUAAACCGCAUGGAGUCCUCAAGGAAGGGGUGGAGCCUCUGUACAAACAAAAUUACUCUGAACAGCUUCCAGGGAACUGGUUUGAGCACCUUGUGAAGUCCAAUGCCGUUCACGUGGAGAGAGGGAACCGCUGCAUUCUCUACCCACUUGGGGGUAAGGCUAACUCUACGACAUCGCAGUCAGCGCCCGUCCAGGAACCCGUGCAGAAUGGCCACACAUUAUCCAGUGGCUCAACCGGCUCCCCGAGCAGUUCCACUGGUGAACCGUCCAUUGUCACCGAGUAUGUUGAUGUGUUCGUGUCCUGCGUAGCGAGCACUGCCAGCGUGUGCUUCCGGUUUGUCGAAUAUGAAGAAGAGUACAGUAAACUGCUCGAAGAGAUGGCUGCAUUUUUCAAAGGUGGGGCAUCUGCCAGACAAGUCGUCGGUUCGCCCGAGGUGGCCAAGCUGUACGCCACUUGUCACAAUGGUCGAUGGCUGCGAGUGCAGCCACUCAAGAAUGCCGAGAAAGGAAAGGUGGAGUGCUGUUUUGUUGACGAGGGAAACAGCAGCCUCAUCCGGGUAGAUCAUCUGUGGGAGCUGCCUGAGCACUAUACGGAGCUUGCCCAUCAGGCAAUUGAAUGUGAACUGGAUGGGCUGGUUGAGUAUGCAGACUAUGACGGUGUGGUUGACAUCCUCAGUGAAUUACUUCUGGGGAAGACUUUGGUUGCUGAGGUCCUACAGAGGGAAGAUCCAGUCUCUGUAAUCCUGUUUGACACAUGGGGAACUGAGGACAUCAACCUGAACCAUGUAGUGUUCUUAAGCUUGAUGACACCACGGCUGCCUGAGAAGGGCUGUGUGGGACGGUGCUAUCUGUGCCACGUUACCCCCACUGGCACGGUGUGGGUGCAAGUUGUGGGACCAGGACUUGAGACACUCAAUAACAUCAUGACGGCCUUCAAUGACUACUGCAAGGGUACUGAUUCAAUGACUGACGACCCUGUGACGAGCAGGAUGUAUGGCUGUCAAAGCCGAAGGGACAAUGCCUUCUUCCGAGCUGUGCUGAUCUCACCCGAGCCGCUUCCUUCAGGAGAGUUCAAAGUGCGGCAUGUGGACUGUGGCUAUGAAGAGAAAGCCUACAUUGCGGAGCUCAGAAACGUUGACAGCCUGGGAGACUUUGUUCUUCGCUUACCAUUUCAGGCUGUGCCAUGCCAAAUGCGAGGCCUUACGAAAGAGGACGGCUUCUACUGGUCCGCAGAUGUUGCGACCCAAGUGCUUUCUCUCUCUGGAGAUUCCCAUGCAGAACUUCUCAUCCGCGUGACCAAAGCAGGGACAGACAAGGAGGAGCCUGUAGUGGAGCUCUUCAGGAGAAACAAGGAGGGCCAACUGAAGUCCAUCAAUAACACUGUCAUUGAAACACUGAAGCAAACCCGGUGUCCUGGUUUGCACUAGUCAGGCACCUACUCAUCUGCCUCAAGGUUGGGUGAACUUCAAGCCAGUGUAUCAACAUGAAGCUCAGCUGCCCUCAAGAACUUUGAUUUUUUUUCUUAAAUGGGAAUAGUUGUGCUCUUUUUUUUUUUUUCAUAUUCACUUCACAUAGCUUAGAGCUUAUGUUUGUUAGCAGUGCAUGUCAGAGACCCUUCACUCCAUGUCAGAGGGUGCUGCCUCAGUUUCGCACAGAGCUUAACCAUUGUUGUCAGUUGUAGCUAGCCACAAUGUUUUUAGCCUUUGUGGCGGGCCUGUGGCUUUGCUCCUGUUAAGUUUUGAGGCCUCAGUAUUGUUUUUGUGUCAACGCACCUUUUAAUAUAAGGUCACAGGUAUAGAAUUCCUCUGGUUGCUUCCGUAUGCAUCUAGCCCAGGACCUUGUCAUUGGGAUGUCAGUGCUCUUCUAGUUUUUUUUUUUUUGUUAGCUUUUUUUUUCAGCCAGCACUUUUGUAGUAAUGCAGUGACACAUUCCCAUAUUGUAAGCAUUUUGUGAUCUUUACCUUGUCCCAUAGUGUGACCACAUUUGUUAGUGGUAGUGUUACCGCAUUUGUUGAUCCUUAUCGUUGUUGUCUAGUAAAGUGUUGGAGAUAAUUUGCUGCCCUGUUUUUAUUGCCCUGACAACAGAGUGCAGGAUUUUGUGAUAUGCUGACAAAAAUGUCAAUAAAAGCAUUCUCUAACAUGACAUGGUAGUAGUGGUAAUAUUGUUUGAGAUCUUGUACUAUGUAAAAGCAAUGCAAGUGUGGUGUGCUUUGAGGGACUGAUCCUUCAACAUGAUGCUCUUCUUUUUUUUUUUUUUUUCUUGCUGCAUUUGUAGCCAUUAGUCUUGUUCAAAGUACAAACAUUAGAAGCACCUAUGUAGAAGUCACAUUGCUUCUCUUUCUUUCUCUCCUUUUUUUUUUUCUUAGGUACAUAUUACUGAAAUCCCCCCUCUCACCAUUGUUUUCCCAGAGGUCUGAUAGUUGUUUCACAUGGAUGCAAACUUUAUUUCGUUGACUCAAAUAAACUAAAAGACUUCUGUUGGC